UUGCCCCCAGGGGUUAAUGGGAGGGGCAGUUUGGUUCCCUCACUAUAAUAAUAAUGAGAAAAGGCCCAACUCACACACAGACAGUGGGACAUUCAUGUUAAACAGGUGCCUGAGGGAGUGAGGCUGCACCUUUAUUGUGUUACAUAGUUUCCCCCCAGGGGGCAAAUUAAGGCUCCACCCUCUCGUUAUCCCAUGCUAAUGACCUGCCUUUGAUAAACAUGUGACUAUGCUAAUGAAGGGCGUUAGAGUACAGGAACCCAUCAGCCUUCCUUUCCAUAUUGUGGGAGGAACCUUUUCCCCCAAACAAAGGCCCCGCCCAUAGGGGGUGGGAUCCAAAAUGGGCUAAAAAGCUGCGGGAAUGAGAGCUGAGUUAGUUUGGGGAAGAGACGUGUGGGUACAGGGUACAGGGGCUCUGCAGGCUAAUGAGGAGACUCUGCCCAAGGACAGAAAAGGCACAGAAGCCCCAGAAGCUGACAAUUCUCUGAUUCUUUGGAUAAAGACAAGAGGCCAUUAGACCGUGCAACUUCUCCAACACCAGGAAAUCCACACAUUGGAGAGAAAAAUCUGUAUCCGAAUGAGAAAAAGCUUUAGUGCAAUGAGCAUUCCCAACUCCCAGAUGGAACUUCCCUCAGUGGCACAACAUGAAUGCCCAGAAUGUGGGAAAAGAUUCUCGUACAAAAACGAACUUAUUAUUCAUUACAGAGUCCACACUGGGGAGAAACCAUUCAUGUGCACGGAAUGUGGGAAAAGUUUCAGGCAAAAGCACUACCUUACAGAACACCAAUCAAUUCACACAGGUGAGAAACCAUUCAUGUGCACGGAAUGUGGGAAAAGUUUUCGAGUAAAGCAUAUCCUAACAGAUCACCAGAGACUUCAUACAGGGGAGAAACCCUAUGAAUGUACAGAAUGUGAUAAACAAUUCCAUAAAAGGUGUAGCUUUCUCAGCCACCAGAAGAUUCAUACAGGGGUAAAACCGUUUGUGUGCAUGGAAUGUGGGAAAAGCUUCUCCAACAAGAGCACCUUUCAGAAUCACCAGAGAAUUCACACAGGGGAGAAACCAUUUUCUUGCACAGAAUGUGGGAAACGUUUCACCACAAAGAGCCAGCUUACCGGCCAUUACACGGUUCACACAGGGGAGAAACCAUUUUCUUGCACAGAAUGUGGGAAACGUUUCACCACAAAGAGCAAGCUUAGCAGCCAUUACAAGGUUCACACAGGGGAGAAACCCUUUGCUUGUGCAGAUUGUGGGAAAAGUUUUGUUUCAAAGAGAAACCUUACCAAACACCAGAGAACUCAUGUGCGAGAGUAACUUUCAUGUGUAGGGAAUUUGGAAAACCUUAUACUGCAAAGUCCAACCAGCAGCACCAUCAUCCCCACCGGGGAGAAACCAUUCACUUGCACAGAAUGGGGUUUCCCCAAUAGAAGGUUUCAUCUCCUCCCCCAGGACAUUCAUACAGGGGAAGAGAUACAGUCACUGAUUUCUCCUCCAUAUUCUCCCAUUCCAACAUUGCCUAUUGGCCAUUGGAGCUGCCAAUCAUAUCUGUAGGUACCAACCCACACACUAUGGGGUUAUUUGUAUGUAAAAUAUAUUCCUCAAUAAAUGUAAUGCAAUAUUUCA